UUGCCAGUGCCGACGGGCAACGAGGACCGAGUAGACCACACCCAUCAUCAUCAUCACCCAUGGGACGACUCUCCAAUAUGUCCUGUGGCGCCAGUCGACGCGGCCAUGUUUCCCAUGCUGUGAACGCUUUCCGAUCGUUUGCAUUAGCAAACGGCGAUCAUGGCCAUUGCUUUCCUCCGGACUCACCCCUCCACCCUCCCUACCCCCCGUUUCCCCUAGACACAUCAAGGACGAACGCAUUGUUCGACUCGACACCAAUGGAGCAUGGGACGAAAGAAGGACGAAAAGGGGCUGUGCGUCUGUCUGGUGGAGUCUUUCUCCCCCGGCAUGGGGAGUCUCACGACUCACGGGCGGCUCUGGAGAAAGCAUUCGUCGGGAGGUCUCGCAUGACAUCUGGCCGAGGCUCACGAGGCGACAAAAAAGAAGGCUUGGAGUGAGAUUCUGUUCGUGGAACAAAGAAAGAAGAGAAGAAAGAAAGAUAAAAUGACGCUAUAUUGCCCCUCCCGGUUUUCGGUUGGUGCAACUCGUUUUGAUAGACAAACUUGUGGCAGGUGAGCUGUUCCCGGUUUCCGUGGUUUCAGACGUUUGGAGGCCAGCGAGAAAACUGGCGCCAAACGGCCGGCGCCGGCGCCGGUGCCUGGUCUUUCUCUCCCUCUCUCCCUCUCUCCCUCUAUCGCUUUCUCUCUUUCUUCUCUUCUCACGCUUCACUAGCUCAAACGGCUGCAACAGAACGGGAUGCCCUUCUUGCCCCUUUGUGCGAACGGGGACAACAAGCGGCCGGACGACUUGGGAGCUUGUAUCGCUCGGGGGAAGGAAAAUGUAUCAGAGCUUGGGGCAGCCGCCAACCAUCGCGGGCUGCUAUCGCAUUGCGUGCAUGACACACGGCGGACGCAAGGCGCGUUUCUUCCCAUUGACACCUCAAGCCUGUGCGAAUGCGAACGUCGGGCAAGGUGGAAAGCUGAGAAUCUGCAGAAUAGACCCUUUCU